AUGGAUGAUGACACCCCUAGUGAUUAUGGUGAUGGACUUUCAUGGAAUCCACCAAGUAGUGUUCCUCAAUGUAUGUUGUCGAGUCUCCAAACUUUUGAGUUUUCGGGAUACUUGGGAAUACCCAAAGAGAGAGAUGUCGCGGUUUAUAUCUUACAAAACGCUCACUGCUUAAAGACUGCAACAAUCUUAUCUAAAGAUUAUUUGGUUGAGACACUUGACAUGAUACAGGAGCUUGCACGUUCUCCUCGAGCUUCAACCGCAUGCAGACUUGUGUUUAAU